AUGGAGUAUCCGGCUUCAUAACAGAGGAAUAAGAGAAUUCAGUCCCUCCCUCCAUAUCCUCCCAUUCCUUCCAUUGUUGUUAUCCAUCCAUCCUUCAAUGUCUCUUUCUUCUAAAAUUCCAUCCCAUUUCAAUUCCAAUCUCCUCUCUCAUCCCAAUACCGACCACAAGUUGCUAUUACAACGCUUCAAUUGCGUCUCCAAUAUAAAAUGUGGUACCUUUUUCAUGCAAAAUCAAUUGGUUGAGAUGAAGAGUAAUUCCCAUUUGUUCGUCACUCUCCAUUCAAGGCUUUGCUCAAAUAACGCCAAUGACAAUGUAAGUCAGGCAUAUGAGCUAUCAGAUUCAAGCAGUCAUGAAGGUUCAGAAGAAAGCAAAGAGAGUAAGAAAGGAAAAUCACUGUCAAUCAAUGAGAUCAUGAAGAAACUGAAGAGAUACGGAGUUUCUGGAAUCCUAUCCUAUGGACUUUUGAACACUGGAUACUAUCUCACCACUUUUCUUUUUGUGUGGUUUUACGUUGCUCCAGCACCUGGAAAGAUGGGUUAUCUUGCAGCUGCAGAAAGAUUUCUCAAAUUGAUGGCAAUGGUUUGGGCCGGUAGUCAAGUCACUAAGCUUCUAAGAGCUGCUGGAGCAUUGGCACUAGCACCGUUUGUUGACAGAGGAUUGUCUUGGUUUACUAAUAAGUUUAAGUUUCAAUCACAAGGGAAGGCUUUCAUGGCAAUAGUUGGAUUUCUUUUGGGAUUUGCUCUCAUUGUAUUUUUGGUCAUCACAUUACUUUGGGCGUGAAUACCAUUUUGCUACCUACUUGAGAGAACUUCCAAAUUCCAUCAUCACUGCAAAUGUAUAAUAAAUGAUUAUUAUCCACCGAGCUUUUUGCCCUAAAAUGUGUUCUUGAAUUUUGAGUUUGUUAACGUAUGACCCCGCCUUUCAGAUAUUUGCGCCUCUUUUACUUCGCAUGCAUUUGUAUAACGAACAGUAUAAGCUCGCUCCUUCCAUCAUCUUCACAAAUGACUUUAUGUUAGCGUACGUGAGUUGAGAUUUCAGAUCGACUGGAUCUAUGAUCAAAGUUAGUCGCUUAAAAAUAGGCUAUGUGCAAUUAUCGACCACAAAAAAUAGGCUAUGUGCAUAUUUAAUAAUCUGUCAAGCUUGAAAUUUUUUGGCAUAGCUAAUGUAUGAUAGUUUAUUUUUUUA